AUGCCGUUUCGUCAGAGGAUGGCUCGCCACUUUGGCGAUUCGCUUGCCCCCGAGAAACCCUACCUCAGCUACUAUGAUGUCCUCUUGACAGCUGAGGAUAUCAAGGCGCUCAAGCACGACUGGUUAACAGAUAACAAUAUUGCUUUCUGGGAAGAAUAUCUGGAGCGCGAAACACUUCCCAAGUAUCCUCAAGCUCGUAUCGUUUUGCUCCGUCCUAGCAUGACAUUCUUACUCAUGAAAGAGCCCGACCUCCGAUCAGUCCAGUCCGCCCUUCCCGAUUUCUCAAAAGUCACCCAUAUCUUCUUACCCAUCAACGACAAUCGUAAUGUGAGCGUCGCCGAGGGUGGUAGCCAUUGGUCGCUUCUCCUCGUCUCGACACUCGAUGGUGUCGCCUUCCACUACGACUCCCUUGGUGGUGCCAACUACUCCGAGGCCAACGUUGCGACUCGCAAGCUUGCCAACAUCCUCGGACGGCCUCUUCGGUUUAUCAACCUCGAAGAUUGCCCCCAGCAGGAAAACGGUAGCGACUGUGGUGUCUUUGUCUGCUUGUUGAUGCGCCACCUCCUCGUCAAGCGCCUUCUCUGCGCUAAUGCCCGCGAGAAGGUGUCGAUGAGCAUGGGUGGUAAGAUGGUCGACAGUUAUGGAGGCCGCAAAGAGAUGAUGCGAAUUAUCGAAAACCUCCGUAAGGAGGGCGAGCGCAGGCGAUCGUGA